AUUUCGUAAAUUGGUUUUCGCGUUAAAACUAACACAAAGUAAACAACUUUGCUAUACGCCGAACUGCCUUUUUCUCCGAUAGCGCUCUCUCUCUCUCUCUCUCUCUCUCUCUCUCUCUCAACCCUUUAUAAUUUCUCCAUUGAAAUCCUUCCAUGUUCUCUAUAUAGCAUCACUCACAGCUUCCAAAACCCUAGAAAGUUAACAAUUUCACAAUUUUUGGGUUUUUUUUAGGGUAUUGGAAAACCAGUUUUUGAAGAAAACCCUCGUGCUGAAGUUGAAAUUGGAAGAGAUACAUGGAGAGCAGCAUAGGGAAAGAUAGCAACGAACGUGUUCCUUUGUCAGGGGUGGUAGCUGAUUGUGUGAAGCGUUGGUUUAAGGAUACUCUAAGGGAAGCUAAAGGUGGUGAUGUUAAUAUGCAGGUUUUGGUUGGUCAGAUGUAUUAUAGUGGCUAUGGUGUUCCUAAAGAUGCUCAAAAGAGUAAAUUUUGGCUAACGAAAGCAUCAAGGGUUAGAUCUUCAGUUUGGAAAGUUGGCGAUAAGCGUCCUGGUUAUAAUGCAAGUGAUUCUGACUCUGACGAAUUGGACGAGGACUCUUAACCAGACUAAAUUUGGUCCCAUCCCUAAAUUCUGAAUGGUAUAUGCAUUGUGCGACAUCAUGCUUCUUCAUAGGCACCAUAUGGAUGUUUUUCCUGUUAUACGUUUGCUUUGUGAUUAAUGUAUGGUUUGCUACAUUUUUUUUUAUCAAUCAAUGAAAAAGAAAAGUGACAUUAUUGGAUUGUUGAGCAAAUUGUUUGAUGGUAGUCGAGGUUUCUUUCGCACGUUCCAUGAUAUGGCACCAUAUCAUGCAAAUAGAAUAGGGACGAGUCUAGAAUUAUAUAGUUUAUAUGAUUUUUAAACUUGUACUAUAUAUCAUUUUAUUUACUCAUUUGUCUAUGAAAUGAUGUAAAACCCUUCAGUUUUAUAGACUCAUUUGUCUGGCUUCA